AUGCCCUGCUGUCCUUUGUCCCAGGGUCUUCCAUCCACCUUCAUGAACGUCUCCAGUGUCACGGAGUUCAUCUUCCUGGGGUUUUCCUACUCCUGCCCCAUGCAGCUCCUUCUGUUUGGCCUGGUCUUGGCCUGCUACAUUGCGAUCCUGUUGGGGAACCUCCUCAUUGUGGUGACGGUGUGCGCAGAGCCCCGGCUUCUCCAACCCCCCAUGUACUUUCUCCUGGCAAACUUAUCUGUCAUUGACACUGCCCUGGGUUCUGUGGCUGUCCCCAAGAUGGUGGCAGACCUGCUGAGUUGUGAUAGGACCAUAUUGUUUGGUGGCUGCAUGGCCCAGAUCUUCUUCCUGCACUUCUUUGGAGGUUCAGAGAUGUUGGUCCUCACUCUCAUGGCCUAUGAUCGCUAUGUAGCCAUCUGCCACCCACUGACAUACACAGCCACAAUGAACCGCCCACGUUGCAUCAGACUCCUCACUUCCUGCUGGGCUGGAGGCUUCCUCCACUCUGCCACCCAGAUGAUCCUAGUCCUUCAGCUUCCAUUCUGUGGACCUAAUGAGCUGGAUAGCUUCUACUGUGAUGUCCCACAGGUGAUCAGGCUGGCUUGUACUGAUACCUACACCACUGAGAUACUUAUGGUGGCCAACAGUGGCCUCCUCUCUCUGGUUUGCUUCCUCAUCUUGCUAGUCUCCUAUGGCGUGAUCCUGGCCACCCUUCGUGGACACUACAGGGAAAGUGGCAGAAAGGUUCUGUCCACCUGUAGCUCUCACCUGACGGUGGUCAGCCUCAUUUUUGUGCCCUGUCUCUUUGUGUACUUGGUACCUUUCUCUAGCUCCAACAGGGACAAGAUGGCUUCUGUAUUCUACAUGGUAAUCACCCCUGCACUCAAUCCUCUUGUAUAUACUCUACGGAAUCAGGAAAUGAAGGAGGCUAUGGUGCGGUUGAAGAAUAAGUGCAGACUCUCCCGUUCUGUGAAGGGAGAUAAAGUAUGA